AAAUUUUUAAGCGCGAUAUCUGGAUGAAGAGCGCGGUGGAUACCAGCAUGAUCAAGGAAAACCCAUGGAACAUACCCCCCAAUGCACCAGCAUGCAUGGAGAAGAACCUGUGCUCGGCGCAGUACAGAGCAGAUGGCACCCUGCUACUUGGUGCCUCCAGCCUCACUGGCAGGACCUGGCAGGGAUCUGUGUGGCUCUACAGUGACCCUGAGAAGGCCCCCAAUGAGGGAUUCUGCACGGCCGGUGUGCAGACUGAGGCUGGUAUCACAGAUGUCAAAUGGGUGUCCGAAAAGGGUGUUGCUGUUGCAUCAGACUCGGGUGCCCUGGAGCUCUGGGAGCUGGCAGAGGAUGAGCGCCUGCUAGUGAAUCGCUUCACCAAAUAUGAGCAUGACCAUAUUGUCACCACAGUGAGCCCCAUAACUGGAGCAAGUGGUGCUGUCACUGGGAGCAUGGACUGUCGAAUUAAAGUAUGGGAUCUGAGUCAGGAGACAGUUAUCACCACCUACAGUGCGCACUCAGGGCCAGUCACUUGUGUUGCCUGCAGUCCCUCAGAUGAGUCUCUCUUCAUGUCCUGUGGUCAAGAUGGCCGUGUGUUGAUGUGGGACAAGAGGAAGCCAAAUAAACCAGCCUCAAGAAUAGAUGCAGAUUCCCCCUACUGCUUGCCUACUACUGUAGUUUGGCACCCCCACCACAGAAGCACUGUUGCUUUUGGUGAUGAGCUGGGUAGAGUCAUUGUGAAGGAUUUUCUGGGGACAGAACGAGCCCAGGUGGCAAAUGUCCACAGCCGCAGAGUUAAUGGCCUCGCCUUCUCCACACAUAGUGCCUCCUUGCUGGCCUCCGUUAGUGAUGACUGUUCCCUUGCUGUUAUGAACACUCAACUGCAGGAAAUACUGAGAGAUCAGCGACACCAGGACUUUGUCAAAGGUGUGAGCUGGCUCCACGGUGGCUCCAACAGUCUCACAACUGUAGGCUGGGAUCAUCUUGUGCUUCACCACUCAGUGGAUUCUGCCGCUGGAGCUGCCAACUCAUCUUAGACCCAACAGAUGGUCAGACACACUGGAACAACACGAUUUAAACUUAAUAAACUUGGGUCUGACAUUCUAGACUGGACUCAAGGCUAGUUCCAGUAUAGGUCAUAAACCCCACCCCCUCUAUGGUAGUGGAUGAGAUGAGCCAAAAUAAACCUUCAAAGUACAAAUGACCUAAUUCAUUAGCUUCACUUUUAAAUAGUGGAGGGAAGUGGUGACGCAUUGUUCAUCGUAUAUACAAUCAAUGAGUUACACAGGUCUUUAUAAGGAAACACGUGGCAGGGUAUUGCUGCCAUUAUGAGAAAAAAAUUGCUCAUUAUCACGUUAUAAAAAGAAACAUUUCUCAUUGAGAUAUUGUUUUUAUGAGAUACUUUUAUGUUAAAACAUGACUUUUUUUUUCAUUAUAGCAACAUAUUGUAUAUUCCUGUUAUAAGGACAUAUUGUACAAAGUGAAACAUAUUCUAGUUUCAAAUUAUAGCCCAAACAAUCAUCUAAUAUGGCAACAAAGACUCUAGAAUGUAGCAUAUCAUUUCAACUCCCUAACAUGAGCCCUGCACAGCUUGUAGUGAGCGACGUCAGAGUGACUUUACUUGCUGUCAUUAAUGCUUGAAACAUGAUCGGGACAUGUGCGGGGUAUCGUGGCUCAUUCAUGUGCCUCUUUGUUCACCGAUAUGUAAAUAUUGUGCUUGGCUUUAUGUGUCUGAUCAGUGAUUCUCAAGGACCAGCUAGAGCGAAACCUAAGUGCAGUGCUGGCCGUUGUGUGGAAAGCUGGUAUAGGAGGUCGUUGAUGAGAGAGAGGCUGCUAAGCUGAAUGCAGCUAGGAGAGGUGGUCCAGCCAGCGUUUUGUGCGAUGCUCCCACACGGGGCAGGCCGAACUUGAGAAUAACUGUAGAAAUGAUCCACUCUAGUGUGUGUGUUUAUCAUAUUAGAUGGUUCUUCAGGGUGUAAAUUUGAAACUAUAUUUCAUUGACGUUGUCACAGUAUAUUAUGGGAAAAUACAGUAUGUCUUUAUAAGAAGAAAUAAACAGUAUUUCAUUGUGCAUGAAAAUAAAAUGUCAAUACUGUGGGGGGAAAGAACAAUCACUUUUUGUCCUGAAAGUGUCUCAUAAAAACAAGAAAGGUAUCUCUUUAUAACAAGAAACGUUUCUCAUUAUAACGAGAUAUUGAACAAAUACUUUUUCAACACACUGCUUUAGAAAAAUCGACUUUAGCUCGUGUAUUCAUAUUUUUAGAAACAGUGUCUUGCCAUCAUAUGACCAUUGUUGCAUUUGGGCCUGUCACUACAAAUGUUAUAAGAUGAACAUUCCCCAGAACACAGCUCUUCAGUUGUUUUAUGAGUAGUAGUUAUAUUUUCCCAUUAAUUAUGAGGGAUUGUAUAGAUACGUCCUUCGAGUCCAAAAGCUGAUAGAAAUAAAAAAGCUAAACAGAUCUUUGGCUCCAGCUGAGUUACUGCGUGUUUGAUUGUAUGAAGAGAUACCAGAGGUACAGUACAUACUGAGGUAUGACAUCAUGUUUAACUAGAUGCCGUUCAUUUCAUAUUGGAACCACAGAGCUCCUGAACCUUGAAAGAACUGGUUAAAUCCACAUUUGUUUUAAGGGAGAUGAUGUAACGUUAUUAUAACAUUGCAGAUCCAAGUCUAUGUUGGUGCUUCCCUUCUCUUUACCCCGAUUUAUAAUUUUAAGGACAGUGCUAUCAUGCCAUUUUGCUUUUAAAAAAAUCUCUCACAUCACACUAAAAACAGCAUGCUGGCUGCACAUUUGUUGACACAAGUCGUCUUGGGUUUUAUGUUGUUUCACUUUUUAAUAAAGUUUUUGUCCGAUU